GUGGAUGGGCCGUUAUCGAGGAUGCUUCUGGUGAUGAGGGGGGCAUGUGGAGUCUACAGGAGGGACAGUGGAGUUUCUCGCAGCGUCCCGAGUUGUGCAAGUUUCCCCCCACCAUGGUCUUCGUGGCUUGCGUUUUGGCGCUCGGGUCGUUUGUCGGGUUGUUUUCGUCCUCGGUGGGCCGGCAGCCCCUGGAGGGACUGAGCUUCUCCCGCUUGAGGAGGCUGCACCGGGAGUUUGGUGGUGAUGAGGAGCGGUAUGGUUUAGAGAAGACGGAGCCGCGGGGAGUGAAUGAACAGACGUGCACGGCUGUGGCCGGACUCCAGUCAGCCCUGCAGAACAACACCAGCACGUUCACGUUCAAAGUGCGAACGAUGGGCUCCCUGUCGCUGGCCUGGGUGGGAGAUAGAUCAGGGGUGAGUGUGUUCGCAUCUCUGAUGGAAAGAGUGCGCGCCCAAAGGGUGGGGCGGUGGGACUCACGCCGUCUUUCAUCGCAGGUCCUCCUGGUGCUGACGACCUUCCAGGUGCCGCUCUUCAUGAUGCGCUUCGGCCAGUCCAACCUCUACAGGAGUGAAGACUACGGGAAGACGUUCAAAGACGUGACCCAUCUGAUCAACCACACCUUCAUCCAGACAGAGUUCGGCAUAGCCAUCAGUCCGGACCACUCGGGGAAGGUGAUCCUGACAGGCGACGUGUCAGAAAUUGGAGGAUUUCAACUGUUUCGCUCCCAGGACUUUGGCCUGACCUUUGUACCAACCGACCUGCCGUUCGAGCCCCUCAUUCAGAUGCUGUACAACCCUGGGGACAGCAACACCCUCCUGACGCUCAGUGUCAUGUUGGAGCUCUGGCUGUCUGAGGACUUUGGCGCCACCUGGAGAAAGAUCUAUGACAGUGUGUGUUUGGUCAGAUGGGGCCCAAAGAACAGCAUCUACUUCACAACCAACAACAACGGCUCCUGCAGUGACAAAGGAAUGUUAAAAUUAAAGAAAACCCUUGACUACGGCAGAAGUUUUAAGACGAUCGCUACCAGGGUCUACUCCUUUGUUCUGGGAGGAAAAUUUGUCUUUGCCUCGAUCAUGACAGGCACGGGCACGGAGCGUAUGAUCCAUGUCUCAGUGGACGGGGGUGAGCAGUGGAACAUAGCCCAGCUCCCUACAGUCAACCAGCAGCAGUUUUACUCCAUCCUCGCAGCCAAUCAGGACAUGAUCUUCAUGCACGUGGAUGACCCCGGAGAUUCCGGUGCUGGAACUAUCUAUGUGUCAGACGACCGAGGGACCGUGUUCUCCAAGUCUCUGGAGCGCCAUCUCUACACGACCACAGGGAGCGACACAGACUUCACCGUCAUCGCCUCACUCAGAGGCGUCUACAUGACCAGCGUCCUCUCAGAGGACGGAGCCGUCGAGACUGUGAUCACAUACGACCAGGGGGCUAAUUGGCAGGCGCUGCGCCGACCACAGAACAGCCAGUGUGACACGGACACCUCCACCAACAGACCUAACAGAUGCAGAUUUCACAUCCACGCCUCCUACAGCACCAGCGUGAGGAUGAACGUCCCCAUGCUGCCCCUCUCACAGUCCACUGCGGUGGGACUCAUCCUGGCUCACGGCAGUGUUGGAGACGCAGAGUCUGCUCUCCUCCCUGAUGUGUAUGUGUCUGAUGAUGGGGGCUACACAUGGCUGCGGGCCCUCAGGGGCCCCCAUCACUAUGCCAUCCUGGAUUCUGGGGGCCUGCUGGUUGCAGUGGAGCACACAAACUCACCUGUUAACCAGAUAAAGUCAGAGCUGCGAAUCUUGUUCUCCUCUGAUGAGGGGCAAUGCUGGCAUACGUACAACUUCACCAGUGACCCGCUUCACUUCAGCGGCAUGGACAGCGAGCCUGGCUCUCGCUCCAUGAACGUGAGCCUGUGGGGCUACAGGAACGACUUCAGUAAAUGGGUGGUGAUCACCAUCGACUUCAGGAAGCUCCUGAGCAGAGUCUGCGAUGAUGGGGACUAUGUGGAGUGGCUGGCUCACUCUGCAGACCCCAGCGGAUCCAGUGAUGGUUGUGUGCUGGGAUACAAAGAGACCUUCUUACGCCCACGGAAGGAUUCCGUCUGCUGGAACGGGAGGGACUAUGCAGUCACCAAGAAGCUGUCCCCCUGUACAUGUACGGUGGCUGACUAUUACUGUGACUUUGGGUAUUUUCGGCCAGAGAACAGCUCUGAGUGUGUGCUGCAGGAGGAGAUAAAGGGCCGUGCCCUGGAGUUUUGUUUGAAUGGGACCACUGAACUGUUACAAACCAGUGGCUAUCGAAAGAUUCCCGGGAACCAGUGUGAAGGAGGUUUUCAGCCAGCCAGGAAGGAGACCGACUUGAAGAAGUUGUGCACCAGCAACGCCCUGCAUCGGAAUUCUUUGACUGAAAACGGUUCACCAAACACUGCUGUCAUAGUGAUGGUAGUCAUAGCCUUCCUCCUGACCAGUGCGGUGGCGGGCGUCUGGCUGGUCAAGAAAUAUGUCUGCGGUGGACGGUUUCUCGUGCACCGGUACUCGGUGAUGAGGGAGCACGUGGAGGCCAACAAAAUAGAAGGGGUGGAUGAUGUCGACACUCAAUACAUGGAGACAGAAAAAGCACAAUUUAAUGAAGAUUCAGAUCAGGACCUCUUAGAAUAACUCCAGGGUUUUGACGAUGCCUGGGCAAGCCUGUUGGUCCCUCUUGCUGAUUAACAUCUGCUUCUCACCUCUCAGUGUCCCCUGGUAGCUGGAGGACAACAGCAGGGUGACUUCUUACUUUGCUUCCUUGAACUAGUUAACGCUCCCACAACUGGGAGGGGAAACACAUCUGCUGUGGAACAGAGGACAGCCUCUUUGCUCCCCGGAGAGAUUUAGUUGUCACUGUCACCGAAAGUUCUGUAAGGGUCACUGAAUGUGAACGUGGGCUCUGUUUUUCCUUCCUGACCUGAGAAGAGAUGGCCUUUGCACCGCAGACACCAAACAUAUAAUAUAACCUGGAUAUGCAGAGCUAUCACACAGUUUUUGCAGAAAAAAGCUAAAUAACACAGAAAAAUCAUUUGAGUUUUUGGUUUUUCUUUUCACUGUUUUUCUUGCCAAAAGCAGUCCUGUCACAGGUAGAGGGCCAUUUAAAAAUACUCUUGACUUCUUUCACCAGAAACUAAAAAUAAGCAGGAGUGGACAUGUUUUUUUAAAAAGAGGGUUGCCUUUCUAACUUAAACUACAGUCAGUUUAAUUUCGGUGGCUCUGUUUUUACCAGAGACUCUAUGGAGCUGUGCAGGAAGUGGGGAAAGGGGAAAAUAAUGUCAUUUUAGAAACAAACAAUUUGGUAAUGAUACAAACUCAAACAUAUGAAAGCCUAGUUUAGAUUUUACAACUAAAAUAUUUUUAUACUAAUGAACCAGAUUCCUCAUUUUUCUCCAUCAUUUUGUAUGUUAAAUGCCUUUCUCUUGAGUCCACUUGAACCGGAUGAAAUUAACAAUCAAAUCUAUUCAAAAUGUGAAGGUUAUCAAAAGAAAUGAAAGAUUUAGAGAAGUACAAAGAAAGUUGCAACUGCUGAGGUACAAAAUGAUAAUUUUUAGGAAAAUUCAUAUUUUCUAUAACCAAACAGAUCCACAAUCAAAGUCAAGUUAACUUUAUGUCUUGAAGAUAUAUGUAGACAAUUCUCUAAGCAAAAGAGUGGCUGUCUUUCACAUAAAUAAAAAAGACAACACCUACCAAUGGCUGUAAUAGGGAUUUAAUUUUAAUUGCUGUUAAUUUCAGAUUACUACAAAUGUAAUUUUUCUAUACAUUUUAUUCCACUGUUGUGACACAAUUAAAUAAGAAUAUUAAUACCUUUACACAUUUUGAGUAAAAAAACACCAAUUGGAUAAGUAAAAUGUACCUUCAGAUAUAUUGGCAAAUGAGUUUGUUUCCUAAGUUUUCUUUUUUCUAUAUUUGGUAUCAAAGGUUUUUUAUAAAUGCAAAUUAUUUGUGGCAAGUUUUGGAUUCAUGGGAGAAAUUGUGGUUGCCUCAAGCAGAAAUACAUGCUCCUACUGAAAAUUCAGAAUGUAGUACUGCACUGCUAAGAGCAAUAAAGAUGGCCAUUUGUCUUAUUUUCAGUGCCUAGUGAACAGUUAAAUGUAACAAGUACCAACACUUUUGUGAGGAUGUAAAAUGUCAGCAACACAUUGCAGCUUAUCACAGACUAUUUCUUUUACUCUCUGUAUGUGUGGUUUUAAGAACAAAACAAAAAUGAAAGACUUGAAUUGUUGCCAAAGCACUUUUACCGUUUUUCAGAUUUUUGAGGUGAGGUUGUAAAGGGGGAACCAAGCACAGCCCAGCAUUAUAUGAGUACGAAGGUGAUGUUAACAAAAGCCCUUUACUUGAACUGUCCUGUACUUUUGCUCUACAUGAUACACAGUAUAUUUCUCUUGUGUUAUUCUUUGUUCUAUUUGUCUUUUUUAAUUGCAUUUCAUUGGAAUGCCCCACACGAGCCAACAUGCAGAUUUCUAAUUACCCUAAAGCAUGUGCAGGCAUACUCAUAAAUAUUGUUUAAGAGCAAAACAGACAUUCCUAAAAACUGAUGAACUAUAACUGGAUACAUGAUCUGACAAUAUUAUAUAUCCUGUUUUAGUAUUUACAGUAUUUAUAGAUUAAUCAUACUGAUGACCACAUAACUAACCUGACUUUAUUAAAUGAAACCAACUUAGGACUGGCUUCAUUUCUACUGUCUGCUUUGUAAGACAUACUGUACAUUUGAUACACAUGCAGGGCUUAUAGUUAAUGCUUGUAUCCUCCAGCAGAGGCAAUAAUAUCCCAGCGAAUAAGCUAUUGUAAUAAGCAGGCUUAGUACUGAGGCAUUUUCUCAUGGACUGUUGGGGUGGCCUUAGACAGAUAUGAAAGCAAGUUCAUUUUUAUUGAUGCUUCCUAAUUUCUUCAGCUAUUAUAUAAGAGCAAGCCUAGCUAUUUGCUGGUUUCAGUGACUUUGUUUUUGCACUGUAAUUACAGAUCUGUGAAAGUGUUGCAUUUGUGGAACUUCUUGUACAACAUUUUGUAAAAUGUUAGGCCAUGUGAUUGGCCUCUCCCAUUCCAACUUGUUUUCUUGACCGCUAGAGAUGAAAAUCUCUGAAUUAAACAGCUCUGUAGCACAGAUGUUUUGUGACAGUGUGUGCAUUUUAUGGAUAGAAAUAGCACCAUCUCUUUUACAUGUGUUCCCUCAAUAAUUUUCUGCAAACACAACAAUCUGGUAUUCAGAAUAUGGAAAUUAACAAGAUAUUUAAGG